UUGUCUCUUUUUUUUAGUCAUGUAAUUUUUACGUGUCUUAUCCAGUAUUUUGUCAUAUGUUUAUUGUCAGGCUGGUCAUUAUGCUGAAUUUUAAAAGCAAUUUUGAAGAGCGUGAUAGUUUAAAAAUAUUUCAUAAUACUGUAAGUCAUGUUGUCAAACGCCGUUCACUGUUAAUUAAGGGUAUCAUAACAGCGGUUUUUAAUUUUCGAGAAAUCGCAUAAAAAAACAAAAACAUAUACUGUAACAUUUUUCAAUAUCGAUCGAAGAUUUAAUAAAUUCGCAUGAAUUCAAUUUCCCAUCAAACCGCAUAAACUAUUUAAAAAUGUCAUACAGUGACGUUAAUGUUUUUGGUGGAAAAUGCAUUUACAAUUUUAUUGAGAAAAUGGGAUUAAGGUCAAUUAGUAUAACAUUAUUUCUGUGUCUGCUGGCAUCAUGACAUUACCGUGGUAUAAUUCUAUUACCAACGAGGAUUUUACCAACUGCUGUGGUAACGAGACGUCUGUAGUGCAAAUUACUGAGGCGAUGUUAUUUAUGGUGCGGGGUUUACUGCCUGAUUUAUGUGUACUGUAUCUGGUCAAAAUUUAAUGGACUGUCAGCCUUUCCUACUUCUGCCUUAUUAUUGGCAAGUGAAUAUAAUUCGUCGUGUUGUUUAGUUGUAUUGAAUAAUCACAAUAGGCAUCGGAACGAAUGCUUUUUAAAAUUAUUGAAAGGAAAAUGCAUCUAGAUAGUAACACACCAUGUCUAUCCUAUCGGUCCAUGGGAGUUUCCAGAAGUGAUGCUUUCAGAAAUAAUAAUGAAAGUAAAUUAAGGAUUAUUCCCUAUUUACUUAUUGAAAUACUAAUAUAAAUACGCAAAACGGAACAAUAACUUUCGACCAGAUAAUACAUUUCAGUUGAUCUUGAAAAGGUGAAUCCGAUUCGACUUUUUAAAUCUGAAUUUCAGACAUACGUUUAUGUGUAAUCUGACAGCUUAAAAAAAAAUCCUACGCAAUAUUAUUCACCAGCUUUACGCCAAACACUGUCUCCACUGGUUGUUGAAUUUUUUAGUUUUUUUCGUGUGGUAUUGGUUGUGUAUUUAUGUUUGUAUUUGGAUAUGCAUAAUAACAUGCGAAUGCUAUAAAAUCGGGUAUAAUAUUAUAAUUAAUUAUUAUGAAUUUUUGUUAUAUUUAGGCUAUGAACUAAUGGGUAGUGAUGAUUUAAACAUUACGGAUUCCUUACUUUUACGGGCAGGACAUCUGAACCUUGUGGGUUCGGAAGGGUGACUGCUUACGAAUAUUCGGUGAGGAUAUUAUUUCAAUAUUCAUAUUGCAUAUAUAGAGAAGACAGAAUUCUCUUUGCCUUGAUUAUGAUUUGUGGAGCGCUAUUGAGGAAGUUCAUUGUUUGUUCCUUGCAGUUAGCGCCACUUGCAAAGCAUGGUAGUGUGGGGUUUCUGGCGGAUUUAUGAUUUGUUUUGAAUUUUAAUUUGUGCCCAACUUUAAGAAAUAUCGCAUAUCCUUUGCCGUCACUUUCCUCUGCGCUGUUGACGUGUGAUAUUGAACUGUUUUCUGACAGUAAAAACUGUCCCGCACACAUUCAAAUCUGCCAAAACCCACCAGUUCAAACCCGGACCUCUCUGCUACUUAAAGGUGAAUGAGGACAGCAAGCUGCUGGAAGUGUUAAAUAUAUGGCUAAUUAUGCGUAUGAAAAUUAAACAUCAGUGUUAUGCUAAUGGCGCUGCCUUCAGCUGGAUCGGGGCACUUGAGACUAGAAUUUAAUCAAAUGAAUCGGUAAGUAAUAGCCUACAUCUGCACGUGAGAACUCUCCCAAACCAAGCCACGGUUAACAAUUAGAAAUUUGUCGACAUUUUCAUUAAAAUCUUUAUUACCUUGAUUUGAUGUUUUUAUUAUCGUCCAAAUCCCACACUGGCUGUAUGUUUAAGGAUAAUAAUAAUUUUCUCAUUACUCACAUUAUUAUCAAUACAUUACAUAUUGUUUUUAAUUAAUUUUACAUUAAUUCAUUUAUUUUAAUUUUUCUGAAACUGAAUUACUUUCUUACGUUUGUGCUAUAUAAUUUAAAGUAAUUCGCAAAAUCUGGUGUCAAUUUUGAUUUAUUUUCAAAAUAAUUAAAUUCACUGAAUGUCUGAUCAUGCCAUUAAUGCUUGCAGUGUUAUUGAAAAAUUAUUAAUAAUUAUAAUUUGAAAUCAUCAUAAUGUCUUAAAGUAAGCAAUUUAUGCAAACAAAAAAAAAUAAUAAAUGUCCUUAGAGCUUUUUAAUAAGGCCAUUUUGCGUAGCUAUUAACUUUAAUAUUUACUUUUAUUUAAACAACAAAAUAUCUUUCCAUUAAAACUGCAAUAUAUAAUGAACGGAACUGUUCACAAGAGUAGACAGUGUGAUUACGAGUAGGACCGCUGGCCGACAGCCACCGAAAAAAAUCCAGUAAUUGAAGUAUAUAACUUAAAUGUCAAAAAUAUAUUGUCUUCACACAAAACCAUUUUAAAAGUGAUUUCAAAUAACACUUAUUCUCUCUGUACCCCCCCCCCCUCCCCCCUCCCCAUAAUAUAUCUUCACUCUGUUUCUCUGCCGACUUCUGAAAUCUCUGUAUUGGUUCUCAGCUUUGCUGUUUUUCUUGAGUUUCCCAGGUCCUCUGGACUCAACCCCGGAGUAGCCAAUCCGAGCCACUCCUGGAAGGAGUGGACCAAUCAGCAGCCAUCCUUGAUGAAUAUUCAUGAUUACUCGAUUCAAACCUUUGAGGCGAGUUUGUGUGGAUCCACAGCAUCAUGCGUGGACUUUUCACAGAGACAAACUACAUUUUCUUAUGAAUGGAGAGUGAAAAAAACAGGUCGGCUUAAAUUGGGAUCCAUCCUUCACUGAGAUCAUAGAAGAAAACAAAAAGGAGGAGAAGAGAUCAACCAGAAGAGAUGACAAUGACUACAAUGCCAGAAAGUCUUAAUAGCCCUGUCUCAGGAAAGACCGUUUUUAUGGAAUUCGGGCCACCAAGUCAACAAAUGUCACCGUCGUCGAUGUCUCAUGGACAUUACUCUAUGCACUGUUUGCAUUCUUCUGGUCAUUCUCAACAGGAUAGUUCCUACGGCGCAGCUUCAUCCUUCCCUCGGUCUCUGGGUUACCCUUACGUCAGUUCAGUCGGUAGCCAUUCUUCAAGUCCAUAUUUAAGUACAGUACAGUCUUACCAAAGCAACCCGACACUGUCGCAGACACGGCUAGAUGACACAGCGACAGAUACUGAAAAAAACACUGUUGUGGAAGGCGGAGAGGUACGGUUCAACGGCAAAGGGAAAAAGAUCCGAAAACCCAGGACGAUAUACUCCAGUUUGCAGCUGCAGGCUCUGAACAGACGCUUUCAGCAAACACAAUACCUCGCAUUGCCAGAGAGAGCUGAACUCGCAGCUUCGCUUGGACUCACGCAGACGCAGGUAAAGAUCUGGUUUCAGAACAAACGGUCAAAGUUCAAGAAACUGAUGAAGCAAGGAGGGGGCACGAUUGACGCGAGCGCACUGGCCAAUGGUCGCGGACUUUCCGCUGGCUCUCCCUCCGUCGCGCCGGUUUGGAACAAUACGGCUACCGUAAAGACGUCGACGGGCACCCCGGGCGCCUAUAUUCCUAGUUACACUUCAUGGUACCCCACCGCACACCAGGAAGCUAUGCAGCAGCCACAACUCAUGUGAAAGCAAAACUCUUAAUCCGCCCCGCCCACUUCACUGCCGUGGAUUGCCCAAAUCAGGGUAUCGAGGACCAGCUACCCAUCGCGGCCCUGCGUCCUGGCCUGUUGCGACCAGUCGUAGAUGUCAUCAGAGGAGGUUCCCAAAGCUCCCAACUGACCGACAGACUCCUUCGAGUACAGCCUGGUAACAGAAACUAAACAGGCUCCAUCUGCGCAACACGGCAAGAAGAAUGUCUUAUUUGAACCCAGAACAGAAGCAGAAGGACACGAUAGUGAAAUAAACGUCUCAAAAAGCUGCUGUUUCCCAGUUUCCGCGACCUUUUAACAAGUGUAGUCGUUUAAAACUGUAAUUAAUCAAAGAGAACGAAUUUCUUUAUAGUAGCCUAACUCAGAAAAAUCAGAUCGACACGUUAUUUAAGACGGAUAAACAGGCUUCACACAAGAGCCAACAUCUUUGAUUCUCGAUUUAGCCUGUUUGACACGUGAUGUCGUUUUAGAAAGUACUUUAAAAGGAUGAAUUCUUUUUCUGUGCAAUUGUCAAGGUCAAAACGCAGCAAGCAUAUAAUAGCCUGCUGUGGAAAGUCAAACAGAGGAACACACACGAUGUGUGUCUCUGAAUAUUGGUUGCAUAAUGUAUUUGUUUGCGUGUGUUUAUUUAAUUUAAGUUAUUUAAAUUUGAUGUCCAAAAUCUGUAUGUUUAAAUUAUUUAUUUUUAAAAGGUGAAUAUGUUUUAAAGUAUAAACAAAGAGUAAAUAACAGAAAAUAAUAUACAUAAUAUUCAUUCUGCAUCAACUCAUAAAAAUAUUAAAAGUUGUUACAGCGGACAAGCCCCGAUACUUUAAAUACUGAAACAUUUUCUAAUCUUGUUGAAAAGUUUUCUAGAUUUAAGGAACGUUUUGGAAACAUUAGUACUGUUACUAUUUGUGUCAGCGCAGAGGGAACGUGCAUUGAGCUGACUGGUGUAUAUAUACAUAAACAUGAAUACAAGGCAUAUUCAGCUUUUGUAUGUUUGUGGCUGUGUAUACUCAAUGCAUUGUGAAAUAGGACUUUACCUUUUAAUAUGACUGUGUUCACUUAACAGUGUUUAGCGUUCUAUAUGGCAAAGUUUAGUUUUAUAUUGAUCACGUUGAUUUAUUGUUUUGUAUUACGAAAUUCUUUGUAUAUAGUGUGUAAAAUUUAAAAACAAUAAAAUUAUGACUGUACAAUGACAA